CGACGGGGCGGAGCGGAAGCGCUAGGAGCACUGCAGGUUUCGUUAUCCUGUGUUAGGUCACUCCGGAAAGGGGAAAGCAGCCCACAGCGUCGCGCGGCCCGGAAACAACACAACGAGGCCCCAUCUUUUAGAUUCGAGUUUAGGCCCCGGGGUGGAGGUUCCGGACCGGGCCCCCUACAGCGGCAGUGCGCAGGCGCGAGGUCUGUAUCGCGAGGCCAUAAAGUUGCCCGGGUAACCAGACGCUCAGGGCUUGGACCUUCUAGUUGUUCGGAGGCCAGCCUACCGCCAGUGGUAUCCCGAGGGCAGGCUCUCUCCGGGCGUCUGUGCUCCCUUCUCUCUUAUAACCCAGUUUCUACCUUUCAGUGCCUGGGAGUCUUAGCCCUCUAUCUCUAUUCGCUUUUCUGUAUUUGCUUUGCCUCAGGGACGCACAACCCCAGCCCCUGUCCCAGUGAACCCGUCGCCAUGGAAUCCCUGCAGACUCCCCAGCACCACGAAAAUCAAGAUAAAAGGGAGAAGGAGUGUGGGAUAAAACAGCCUAUGGGCAAUAAUGCAAGGAAUCUUGAGCCCGAAAAGAGAAAGGCUAUAGGAGUUGCCUUGAGUUCAGCAACAGCUGCGCGGAAUAUCCUGUCCGGUGUACACUGUGGCUGCUCCAAGCAAUGGAGACUAAAGUUACCAUCGGAGUCGCUGCAACGUCAGGGACAAGUGAUGAAGCAGCCUAAUAACAUUUUAAAACUCAGGAAUCUGGAUCCGUUGAUCUACCCUUGGCCAGAACUUAGAAGACGGCAGGUUGCUUCUGACCUAAUGAGCCCCCUCCUCCUCCCCGGUUUUUCCAGCCUCACUUGGGCCCCCUUCCUUUUCCUCUUCACAUAUCUGCCUCCUUUUCUCACUCUCUUCACUGUUCGUUUUGUUUCCUAUUUUCUGGUAUAGUUUCUGUCCUUUAUUUAUUAUUAUUAUUAUUUUGAGACAGAGUUUCGCCCUCGUGUCCCAGGCUGGAGUGCAAUAGCGUGAUCCUGG